UAUAUAAGCCCCUAGGGACCUGGCUUCAAUGUGGCUUUGCGCGGUCUUCCCUUCAUCACAGUCCAAACUCCACAAACCCGACCCAGAUGGCACCCAAGAAGGCCAAGAGGAGGCAGCAGGCAGAGGGUGGGUCCUCUAAUGUGUUCUCCAUGUUUGAGCAGAGCCAGAUUCAGGAGUACAAGGAGGCUUUCACAAUCAUCGACCAGAACAGAGAUGGCAUCAUCAGCAAGGAUGACCUGAGAGACGUGUUGGCCUCCAUGGGCCAGCUGAAUGUGAAGAAUGAGGAGCUGGAAGCCAUGGUGAAGGAGGCCAGCGGCCCCAUCAACUUCACUGUGUUCCUCACCAUGUUCGGGGAAAAGCUGAAGGGUGCUGACCCAGAAGAUGUCAUUGUCAGUGCCUUCAAGGUCCUGGACCCUGAGGGAACUGGCACAAUCAAGAAGGAAUUCCUGGAGGAGCUUCUGACCACUCAGUGUGACAGGUUCUCUGCUGAAGAGAUGAAGAACCUGUGGGCAGCUUUCCCCCCGGAUGUGGCUGGAAAUGUGGACUACAAAAACAUCUGCUAUGUCAUCACACAUGGGGAGGAGAAAGAGGAGUAAAGAGGGGCAACAAGGAAGCAGCCAACCAUCAUUUCUCUCCCUCCUCAAUAGCAUCCCUCCUCACUCUUCUCCUCCAGUCAGCCACAUUCCCCCCAUCUCUCAUCUUACACGCAGAGAGAGGCUCCCGAAGAGGUCUCAGAAGGUUCCAGAUUUCUUUCAGCAGUGUUGGGAAAUGGGGUUAUUUUCAAUAAAAUGAUCUUCAAAUCUC